GAAGCAUUACAGCUUAGCACAUUUUUCCUGUGUAACAGCCUGUUUCAUGGUCGCAGUAAUAUAAAUUAAGCUGAAUUGUCAGGUCCGGACAGGUUCACCUUGAGAUACCUCCAGUUGCAGCAUGCAGCGCUGCAACACCGCCCUCUUUUGCUCCGGACUAAAAAUGACAUGUCUGCUUUUGUCAGCGACAACCAGACCAGUCAGACAGUCGUUGGUUCGCCUGUAGUAUUUGCAAGCAACAACCAACCGCCUGAAUGUAGAUCCGCAUGGGCUGCUACUACUGCUCCAUCUCUCUAAAAAACCCGGCGGAAUCAUAAGAUACGGAUCCCAGGAUGGUGUUAGUGCAUGUAGGAUAUCUGGUUCUUCCCGUAUUCGGCUCAGUAAGAAACAGAGGAUCCCAUUUUAAUCGGCAGCAGCAGCAACAGCAGCAGCACAGCCAUGCUACCUCUUGCCGGCACUUCCAGUUAGGUCCUCAGGCCCCUCUGCCCAUGGACUUCCCAAUGCCCCAUCCAGGGCAACCGCAGUCAGGCAUGAACCCCCACCUGGCCCCUCCUGGCCACCAGCACGGUCCUCCACUACACCCACCUCUCAACCCGCUGCCCGCUCCGCAAUUCCAGGACAUCCCCGGCCCGCCCUUCCUACCUCAGGCAUUACACCAGCAAUACCUCCUCCAGCAGCAGAUCCUCGAGGCUCAGCACCGACACAUUCUGCCGCCAUCCAGUAGACGCACCCCAGAGAGAGUCCCUCACCAGCCACACAGACUGCGACCAGGCUAUGAGUUUGGUCCUCCUCUUCAUGUCCCUCCUCAGCCGGUGGUGCAGCAGCCUCGCUACCUGGCUGAGGGGACCGACUGGGAUCUGAGUGUGGACGCUGGGCUGCCCCCUCACCAGUACCACAUCCACCCGCUGCCGCAGCACUAUCAGCACUACUUGACCUCCCCCAGGAUGCACCACUUCCCCAGAAACAAUGCCUCAACACAAGUGGUCGUCCAUGAGAUCAGAAACUAUCCGUAUCCCCAGUUGCACUUGCUGGCUCUGCAGAGUCUCAACCCUUCCCGGCAUGCUUCUGCCGUCAGAGAGAGCUAUGAGGAGCUUCUGCAGCUGGAGGACAGACUGGGCAGCGUAAAUCGUGGAGCCGUCCAAACCACCAUUGAGAGAUUCACUUUCCCCCACAAGUACAAAAAGAGAAUACCGCAGGACCUGAAGAUGUGUCUGGAUGACGAGGAGCUGGACACAGAUGAGAAAUGCACCAUUUGUCUGUCGAUGCUGGAAGAUGGGGAGGAUGUAAGGAGAUUACCCUGCAUGCACCUAUUCCACCAGGCCUGUGUGGACCAGUGGCUGGCCACCAGCAGAAAAUGCCCCAUCUGCAGAGUGGACAUCGAGACGCAGCUGACUCCUGACAGUUGAUGGCUCCUCUUAACUCCUGAAGCUUUAGAUGUGGUCUUGUUAUUUCUCCAUCGUCUCCCCCGGUCAGUCCUUGGGGAAGUCCUGCCAAACACCCCUCUUUCCCUCUGCAUCACUCAAAGAGCCUGCCUUCUGAGACAGCCGUGACAGAGGGAUCAACAAAGCACACUCAACAUACAACACAACGAGAGACGGGGCGGUUGAUGCACAGACAGGUGGCUGGACUGGAUCGAAAGUCAGUUGAAAAAGGACUUUGCUGGAUGUAAAGGUUAGGAGCAGAGACACGUAUGGACAGAUGUGCUGAGGCUUCACACAACUCUGUCAGAUCGUGUACUCCCACUUACAUUUCUCCAUACAGCUGCCAAGAGAGAGGACGCUCUUGACUGCCAACCUCCCGAGCUCAGUGUGGUGUUUUAGGGUCGUUUCUCUGCCAGUAUAUCCAAGCCCUCUCUACCCUUUCUCUCCUAGGCCUGUGAAAAAUCCUUUAAGCCGUACUCUGCCCAAGCCCUCACUCAGCACAUCUGUACAGAACAUUGUCAAAUGAUUAGCAUGAGGUUGUUAGGUGUGAACUCUUGUAGCUGAACGCUUGUGGUGUAAUGGAGUAUAGUACUGAAUAAGUAUUUACAGAGUAACAGUGUUGUGUAGCAAGCAAAAAGCCUUUUGGAGAAAUAUGUCUGUCAAAAAAAAAUCCCACAGAGAAGAUGAAUACGGCUCUAUUGAGUAUUCAGCAACGAGAGAAAGAGCUAAUUAAAAGAAAAACAAACAAAAAAGGCCAAAAAUCCCUCUUUCUUGUCUAACAUGGUUUUGGAUUUACAGUUAGUAGACGCCAUCAGAGUUGAUGCUGAACCCGCUAACUGCAGGCAUGGCUUUCAGUGAUGUGCGUAGUGUCGUAGCGGGGCCUCUGCAACCUAGAGCGGAGGCCUCGGAUGUGCAUGCUGUAUGGCAGGCUUGGGCUGUGUCGUUAAUAUUGUGGAGCAAGUAGAAACAGGAACUGUGUCUGUGCAUGUGAACCGUAUAUUAUGAUCAUUCAUAGAGGAGGACAAGAAUGCACCCAGUAGCCCCUCACCCAUCCCUCACCCUGCUGCUCACCCUGAGUAGACCACGCUUGCCUUUAGACGCCGAUCUCACACCAGUGUGGCAUUUCUCUCAUAAUCACCAUGUUUAGGAAUCAAAGAUCUGCGGGUGGAUCUGGGUCUAAUGGCAAUUCCCUCCAUAGCCUCCCUCGUCACAAGGCAUGGGCCGGUAUGAGAUUCUCCCGGUUUGAUGAAAGCAAGGAAAAAUGCCACGGUUUCUGGGUUUUAUUUACAACAUAAUCUAAUUGUUUUUAUUUCAUGAGCAAAAAUGCAAUUACUAUUUCCGCUGCUGCUAAGAUAUAAUCUCAUACUCCUAUAGUAUUAUUGUAAUAACUAGUGAUAUUGUUUAUGAAAUUUUGCUAUUGCGAUGCACAUAUGUAUUCACAGACAGUAGGCACACACUCGUGUGUGGACGUUUACCGUCUUUAAAAUCAGUGUCAGCUAUUUGCACAAAAUUGUAAUCAGUUUCAGUUGUAUGUAAGUUAUGAUGAUGGUCUGAAUCCUGAAACAGUCAAAAAGGUUCAGAUGAAGUUUAAAGUCAGCCAUUAAAAAAGAUAAGUGAUGACAUAACUAAACAGUACAGGUGUGAUGAUACAAUCAGUGACAUCUGGUUCACCAGAAUGAGAGCAAUUUUACCAAUAUUUUCUGUUUUGACUUGUCAUAAUGUCUUUAAAAUAAUUUAAAAUCAGUAUAAUAUAUCACACUGCUUGACUAGUCAAUGUAUUGCUGUUUCUGGCAGAGACAGGAAGCUGUAACGCAGCUGUAUUGCCAGUCGCUAGUUAGCUAGUGCUAUUACUUACUGCUUUCAUACUGUUUGUAUCUUUCGUCAGUUUCUUUUUUUUUUUUUGAUAUCUUUACCAAGUAUCCAAAAUACCGAUUAAUUCAGUGAAUCAUGAGAUGACAAUAUUUUUUUUGAAAACUAAGUAACCAAUCCCAAAUCACAAACUUUGGUUUAGAGAAUCUGAAUUCAUUGACUCGUCCAUUUAUUUAGAUUUUUAUGCUGUUUAUGGUGUGGAAAAAAAAAAUGUAUAUACAUAUAUAUAAAAUGUAUAUAUAUAUGUACAUACAUUAUAUAUACUUAAAUUAAAACAGGUCAAUUAAACCUUUUAAAGCACAUUGGUGCUGAAGUGCAUCGAGAAAGAUUAAGUUACUGAACUCCAAUAAAAACUAACCUUUGAUGUUUGCAAAUCCCUAGAAAUAAUAGAAUGACUUGGCAUGCUACAUUUGCAUUUGGAAGUAUUUCUUCACCUCUUCCAUGAUCGGAUCAAUAAAUGUGUGCACACAUGCGUUGCACACAAAUGCACUAAUUUGUGUGCAUUUGUGUCCGCACAAAUGCACACACAAUUGCACUAAUUAAUGGAAAUGGUGUAGCACUCCUUAUCUAUUGAGAAAUAGUUGUUUAUCAGGAAAUUUAAUUUAAUUUCUUUUUAAAGUCAAUUUCAUUAUUGUUCCAAUAAAUAUAAUAAAUUACAGUUUUAAGCCCUUAUUUCCUAUUCCUAUAUUUCCUAUUCCAACACAGUUGGUUUGGUUGAUUUUCCCAAUAUACAUGCUAAUUCUUGCGCAGAGUUUCACCACUCAGGGUAUUGAGUGGCGGGUUUAGCUUCGACCUGGUAAAACGGAUUUAAUUUGUCUUUGAAAAAUAUGAAAUAAAAAGGGACAAGAAAGCAGCUUGAAACAUUUUUUUAACACCUGUGAGCAAUUCUACAUUAUCUGUGUUCGGAUUAGUGGUGAUGUCACACAGUGUGUGAUAGAAAACAGUUUUGCUCAUAAGUUCAAACAAAAAUUCAAUUAUUGCAUUAUUAAAUCUGACUUAUUACAUUUUAAAUUGGUUCUAGUAAUAUUAGCAGAUAGCAUGUUUAGUGCGGUUUACUGUACUAAAAGGCAGUCUGUGUGUGUAUUUCCUAUAAUACGGAUCCAUAAUUUGUGUUUUGACUCUGUUUACCCCUCCUGUGAUCUGCUUAAAGUCUUGCUCUCUCUCGCUCUCUCACAGCCUGAAUGAACCACAGGCAAGCCUCAAACUGUCAGAGAAAAUACAGUAUCUUUACAAUCCGAUUGCAUAGAUACUGUAGUACAAGACAAUCGCUUUUUUUAGUCACUGCUUCCUUGACAUCAUUUCACUGAAGUACACCUCUCUGAUUAUUGAAAGUAGAUACCUUUCUGACUUAGAAAUUACACCAAAUAAGAUUGUUUUAUUAUGUGUGGGGUUUUCAAAAUUUGGCAAAAUUUAGACUUUUAGGUUUUUAUCUAAAAAUAGUCAAAAUAUGAUCAACAGCUGAUUUUUUGUUGCAUCUCUGCACUUGUUUGCUGCUCCGUUCAUAGACAAGCUCUACUUUUCUUAACACUAGGAAACGUUUCAAAGAAUUCUAUGCUCAAACAUCACCAUCACUGGCAUUCUCAGUGAAAUGAGUUCAAUCCUCAGGGAGGGGAUGAUGGAAAAUUUUAAUGGCAUUGAAACCGUGACUUGCCAAGAACCGUGCUAUACCGUAAAACCAGAAACCGUCCCAUUCCUGCUCAUGUCUUGACGGCACUCACACGAGGCUGAUGAUGCAGUGCCUGAGUCUCGCCAUUCGAGUGACAUUUCUAUUUCUUAUUACCAGAACCUUAUUGCCUAUCAGACAAGCACAUGUGAUUACUAUGUAGAAGUAAAUCACCUCUGUUGUGUAUCAGCUCCUUGCAUUUCAAUCGUAGUUGCUCUGGCUACUUAAAGACAAGACUGUGCGGUGGUGUUACAGGGAAUAUCCGAACUCGUCUGCCAGUGAAAUGUGCUAGAAUGUGUAUGAUUGUCCCCCACCCACUCUCCCUCAUGGUGCUUGUGUAUGGUAUUGCUAGAACUGUGAUAUGUUCAGUGAUAGAAGCUGUUUCUCUGUAUCAUGCAUGAACCAUGUUGGCAUACUUCACUUGAAGGAGGGUGAAAGGGAGAAAAAAGCCAUCCAUUUGAAAAAUACCAAACAACUGUUCUUAGCAUUAAUUUUAUUUUAAUCGUCUUUUUCUUUCAUUUCUUUUUAAUUUUUUGUUUAAUUGUAUGUUUUAUUUGUCUUUUCUUUGCUCACCUGCCAAUCGGGACAUGGUACUAAUACGCCAAAACCUUGUCCAUUUUAACCAUCGUGAAAAAGAAGCUGCAAUGCUGCAAAAAAAACAUAUUUAUUGUUGUUCUAAUGUAGCUUGUGUUUUGUAAAUGCACUAUAAUAUGGCGUUGCCUGAUAUUUUGGUUUGGUGGUGUGGGUACUUCUCGUCCGAGGUUUUGUGUUUUCUUUCAGUUCCAAGUAUUUUCAUGCUUCCUUGUGUACUAUUGGAAGGUAACUUGACUGUUUGUGUUGCAUUUUUAUUUUAUUUUAUUUACAUAUGUAACCUCCAUCCCAAAAAAAGAAAUUACAAAUACAUGAAAAUGGAGGUUUUGCUAGUCCACAUAGAAUGCUGUGAUUAAAGAUGCCUUAAGUAUUUAACAAUCAUUAUUUAUUACUAACUGUAGCUAGCUAGCUAUUGUGGUGGAAUAUUUAAUGUCUCUGUCUCAUAACUUUGCAAUUUAAUCAAUAUAUUUAUUUAAAAUAACACAAAAUAUAAAAAAAAAUACCUCAUUAUGCAUUGGUUGGUGGGGAUGCUUGUGCAUGCCGUCUGUGUUUUGUUUUUCAAAGGAGAAAAAUUAGAAAAGGUGACUGGGGGACUAACCAGCAUGGUGCUGUUGAUCUAGAUUACAUUCCAUUUAUGUCAUUUAUUGAUUUAAUCGCUGAAUGUUUAAACUUUCUAUUUAUUUUAAUAUCACUCCUGCUUCCAUCUACCACAGAUGUCAGGGUGCAACCCUGUUUGUCUUAUAGCUUGCUUUUGUUUUGCUCAUAAUAAUACGUGAUAUUUUAUUAGAUCCUUUAAUGCUCAUAUCCCUCAUAUCAACAUGUCGCUUUAGUAAUCAUAAUUUAGAAACCACAUCAAUUGAAUUAUCUGUUGCUACAUAUUGCUAGGAGUUGCUUCGUGUGGGAUUUGUGGGACUUCUCUUACAUGCUACCUUGAGCCAUUGAUCUUUUGAGCAAACUUCUGGUGUUACUGUGGUUUUACAAUGUAGAUGUUUCACACCUUGGUAUAAGCUAACUGCGUUUUUCGGUGUGCAUUUCUUAUUAAUACUCUACUAAUCCUGCAAAUUAUUCUAACAUGUAUUGGAUUGGAAUGAAGCUGACUGGUCUUACUAUAAUUUCAUUUCGUGCUCUCACUGGCCUUACCCUGUGCCCUCCACCGCGUACCCCGGUAACUCCAGGCUGAACUGGACAGUAGCCAUAGUAUUAACUCAAGCUGAUGAACCGGAAUGAACAGUAGAACUCAAAGCACAAGCUUUUUAAUGCAUGUCCUUCUCAGGUUUUCCUAUGUGUAUGUGGGAGUAGCUCUGUAGACGUGUUUAAUAUGAUGCUGUACCUUCUUGAAUAUUUCAGAUGUUUCUUUGCUGCUGAGAAAAAUGUUGAUUUUUAACCUGCCAGUGAAAAAGGGAAGUGGCCAUCUUUGUACAACACACUGCUGUUUUGCUGUAACCGCGCAAUGUUUUAUGAUCUUGAGUAUUUUAUAGAAAUGUAGAAGUAUGUAUCAAUAAUAUGAAAGCAAUAGCUAAAUCUUAAUGAAGAAUAACAUGAUCAGUGAAUAUUGUGGAAAAUCUUUAGAUUCACUCUGGGUGGAUUUUGUACUGUAUUUAUUACUAAUGAUGAUGCAAAAAGUUGCAUAGCUUAACCCAAACUGUUCUGUCUCUUUUUUAUUUAUUGUCUUGUAUAUGAUCUUUUUGUAUGUGUUUUUCAAAUAAACUGCCUAAAAUGCUGACAACUAAUCAAACAUUAUUAUUAUUAUUUUUUGGCUGUUCAGUUAUUUAAAAAAAAUAUAAAAAAAUUCCACAUAAGCCCAAAAUUGUAAACUUUAAGCUCAUCCUGAGUCUGUGAAUCGUAGAUUUGGCUCAGUUUAGGAUGAGUUUAAGAAGAUGAAAACACAGAAUGGUUUCCCACAGAACAAGUUAUGUUAAUAUCAUAAACCUGACACUUCACUUUUGAUAUUCAUAAUAAAAAACUAUUAUGUUC